AUGCUAGAACAAGAUGAAAAACAACUACGUAAAAAGUGGAAAAACCUGCGCGAUCAGUUUCGAAAAGAAAAAAAGAAUUUCCCUACGCCGCGCUCUGCUGACGGUGGUGAUGAAAUAGAGAGCACAUGGCCAUACUUUCAACUUAUGCUAUUUAUAAAUGAUGACAUUACAUCUGAAGUGAUGACGGGAAAUCUGCAUGACAGUGAUUCGGAAUCCCUCAACGAGUCUUGUCAAACUGAGCAAUCUAACAUCGCUGAAGUGAUGAGUCCAUGUACAUCCACCUGCAGCAGUCACACAAACGCGUCAAAGCGCAACAAACCGGCAUCAAAUUAUAGAGAUGAACUUAUAGAAUGUGAAAGAAAAAAAAAUCUGCUAAUUGAACAGAAAAUGGCAACCAAUAGUAGCCAGUCGGAGAAAUGUGACGAUUAUCAUUUUUUUAUGAGUCUCCUGCCACAAACGAAAAAAUUUGGUGAAUUACAAAAUUUACGCAUUCGAAAUAAAAUUACCCAAAUCAUAAUAGACGAGGCAGAAAGGAUGCAGUUUUCUCAACCGAGAUACGAGGAAAAUUAUGGAGGAUAUUCGUCUGGCAACUACCCUAAUUAUUAA